AUGGGUAAAGUCAUAGUUACUUCCAGUGAGGAUGAAGAUAACAAUGAAGAGCUGGACUUUAUGAGUGAUGAUAGUGAGGAAGUGCCGGUGAAAUCUGCUGAUAAGAGAAAGAUUGGUAGCUCCAAGUCUGGAACUGGGGCCUUUGUGAAAGGCAAUGUAGUGAAGCCUCUUGUUAGGAAAGCUAUGGUAUUUGACAAGAACAGGAAUUUGUAUCAGGUAACUUCGAGUGCAGAGGAGGAUGAUUCAGUUGAUGAUGGCGAGGAAGUUCUCGAAGUAAUGAACACAAGAAGGAGAUCCGGCUUCAAGAAGAUAGCUCAAUGUUCCUUGCUCCAUUGCCACUAA